AUUAGAUGCGCAUUAGAGGCUAGGGCACGGUGGUAUCGCGCAGGACAUAUUUUAAAACAGAUAGAUCGAAUAUUAACUAACUCAUCAAUCAAAUAUCUCAUUCGUUCCUUAAGCUACCUUAUCUAGCAGUAUAAGUAUCUAAAUGUUUGAAAAGUUGCAGAAAACGCUUGCAUAGCAGCAGUAGGCUUAAAAAAAAUCUGUGAACAUUAAUUACAUUUGAAAGCACUGCAACUUUUCAUCAAAAGCAGGCACAUAAAUAUAAAUAAGUAUUCACUUGAUGAGGUAAUACGGACAGGGACCUCGACCCUUGUUUAAAGUCACCAGACGUGACAUGCCAGCCAUACGACCCGUAAGCCCGAAACAUACCUACAGGUCCAAUAGGUUUUUCCAAUAACUCAAGCAAUCAGUCAAAACUUGCAGGUAGACCGUCAAAAAAACAGCAGGGCGAUCGCAUUAGUAUGUCCAUCAACGAGUUUUCUACUCGAAUUGUUUGUCAAGCAAGGUCUAGGCGAUCAAAAUUCAUGGACAAAAUUCAAAUUUCAGUGAUUAAAAAAAGCGAUUCGAAAUGCUGAGAAUAAAAAAAAAAUCUUUGGAUAUCGAAUAUCAGUGGUGACUAGCAUCUCAUUUAGAGUGAAUUUUAGUUAAACGGCUCUCACAAGGGCUAUAGCACAAUUUGAAUCCCAAUGUUGAAGGAGUAAAAAAUUUCUAAAUAAUUAUGCAAAAUUUCAAUUCGCGUUAAACAGAUUCCACACCUCGAGGGUGAAAGUGCUGCCUGGAGAGCAAUAAAUGCUCUGCUUUAUUUAAAUUAUUUCAAAAUUCAUUUGCAACAACUUGUGAGUUAUUACUUCUGCAGUAAUUUGCAAUUCAUCUUCCUACAUUACUUUGUAAGUCCAUCUGUCUUUGCCUUUUUGUUCGCCUUUUAUCCCAUUGUGCAAAGAGUAACGCUGUGAAUGCAGCAAGAGCUAUAGGAAGAAAGUUUUAUUCGGAUGUAUCAUUCCCGCAUUUUAGACCCUCCUAAAUAUCUUGGAAAUUUUUCCUCUUUGAAUGCAUCAAUCUUAGAGUUACAUUAAAGUUACCUGUAAGUGCUAAGGUAAGGAAUUUAUUGAAGAGAAUAUCGCAUAACGUGACAUGCGAGCUGUUGCUGGCAUAUUUAGCACGCAUUCUUAGCAAAGCGAAGUGCUUGAGGCAAUGCUUUUCAUUUGCCCACCUCUUCCCCUUUCUACCCCCCGUUAAUCCAUACUCCCCUUCUCCGCCCUCCCACUCAUCAAUCCACCAAGCCACAGCAUAAUCAGCAUGCGCACCGUUUUUUCCAUUGUCGAUCGUUGUCGUGGCGGUUUUCGUCUCUCGGUUGCCGACAGCUCAGCCCAGAUUAUUGCACAUGCCCGGAGCACGAAUGGGACACCGUGAAAGGCAUUUGGGUAAUCUAGCUGCCCGGCCAGAACCACCCAUACUUGGACCUUCGUCCGGUUCACUCGAUACCAGCAAUGGACUGAGUACCAGUUCAGGGGGUCCCGGCGGUUCAAUCGGUUACAGCUAUGGUCCACCGCCACCUUCACCCUCCAUCACCAUCAACAGCUACGGAUCGGCCACGUCCGAGUAUGGACCACCGACGCAGGCCCCCAUCAUACACAAGCACGUGUACGUGCAUGUCCCACCACCAGAGCCAGAGUACGUCACUACCAGGAAACCGGUCGUCGUACCACCGCCCCAGAAACACUACAAAAUAGUGUUUAUAAAGGCACCGUCACCACCAACGCCCGCACCACCCGUGCUGCCCCCGAUCCAGCAGAACGAGGAGAAAACGCUCGUCUACGUGCUGGUGAAGAAGCAGGACGAACCGGAAGAGAUCGUCAUACCGACGGUUGCGCCAACGCCACCCUCCAAACCGGAAGUCUACUUCAUACGCUACAAAACACAGCGAUCAUCGGCCGAGCACGGGAGUAAUGGCGGUGGACCAUAUCCGGAGAGUGGCGGACCAACGCCAGCCACCGAGUACGGUGCACCGCCAGUACCGAGCCAAAGCCCCAGCAACAGUUACGGUGUACCGCUAUAGGUACAUCCUGAGCGAGUACGUCUACCGGAAGUAUCUUCAGCUAUAUGGUUUGCAGACGCCCGACAAUGCCGCUACUGGACACACUCCCGCAGGAGAUCACCGGACACCUUUUCGGCUAAAACAGAUAUGACAAGUGUUUGUGUAAAUGGUGUAAAACUAAAAUAAAAGAAACA